GCCUUUGCAGUCAUCGUAAACAACUUCUAUUAACUUAAAAUUCUGACUUAAAAAUAUAAUAAAAAUGCCUGAAUUGUGCGAAGACGUGCACUCGAUGCUGCAGUCAAAACGCUGCGAAUUUGUCACCAACAACAACGAUUGCCUGUCAAACAUAUAUUUAGUGAACUACAUGCGGUGGCACUACUGCUACGUGGACGAACGAAACAAAUUCAAUGCCUUCUGGAGUGUGCUGGCCAUGAUCCUUGUGCUCACCUAUGUCUUUUGGAUGAUGCAGUUCGCCGUACUAAACUACUUUUGUCCUUGUUUGAAGGUAAUAGCGGAUGGAUGUCGUCUUAGCCAGAACGCGGCGGGAGUCACGCUUUUGACCGUUGCCAAUGGAUCUCCGGACCUAUUCAUGUCCAUUGCAGCCCGUCUGGUCGCCGGCAAAUACGCCUUUCUGUCCUGUAUGUCGCAGGCCAUCUUCCUGCAAACGUUCGUCGGCGGAUUAGUGAUGCUGACAAACCCGUUCGAAAUAGACCCCUACUACUAUCUGCGUGACUUUGGCUUUCUUUUUUUGAACGUAGCCUACAUGGACUUCAUUUUCAAGCGUCCGGAGGGGAUCGGCUGGGAGUUGGCUCUGCCCAGCAACUUCAUACUCAUUGGUUACAUCGCGGUGGUCAUCAUCGAGCAGAACUUGCUGACAGCCCGCAUUCGAAAACUUGAACGAAGACGGGGUAACCUUAGCGCAGAUGAGCAGCUGAAUGACCUCAAAUCGGAUCUGCAGAUAAAUCGGCAUGAGCUCGAUAGGACCAAGCGCCAUGGAGGACGCAAUCGCCACUUAUUCCGGCAGUUCUGGCACUCCAUCUUCGUAUUCGACAAGGAUCGCUUUCGACACGGAACAGUGUUGCUGAAGAUCUUCCUGUUGUUUCAGCUGCCCAUCGAUAUUAUUAUCCGCCUGCUAAUCCCCGUGGUGGAUGUGGAGAAGCCUCUGUACAACUGGUCGAAGCUCCUCUUCUGCCUGCAAUUGCUAAUCGUCCCGACCUACGUGGUCUUCAUAUUUUUUUUGCAAGCUGAAUUACUGGGGAUUCCCUAUUACGCCUACGCGUUGAUGUUUAUGGUUGUCGUGACUGUGAUCGUGUUCUUUGUGACCCGCACGGAUACCACGCCUAGAUUCUUUAAGUUUACAUCCGCUUUGAGUCUCAUAGCCGUGAUCACGGUGAUCUUCGGCCUGCUUUCCGAGGUGAAUGCCAUGUUUUUCGCUUUGGCCACGAUUUUGUCUUUGAGCCCUCAGUUCGCCAUGGCUACGGUUAUUUCCUGGGCCAUAUGCAGCAACGAUCUGGUAACCAAUAUCAUGCUGGCCAAACAAGGAUUCUCUAAAAUGGCCUACACGGCCACCUUUUCGUCGCCUGUAUUGGCUGCCUGUGUCUUUAUAGCCAUGCCAAUUACUCGGGAGGCAUUUGCAAACACUCCCAACAAAAUAAUGCUGUCUGAGGAAAGUUUCGGGGAGACGGUGUGCAUCUUCUUGGAGGUGGCCCUGCUUAUCUCUCUGCUCUGCAGCCUCACCACAAAUUUCCAGAUGCGAAGGGCUUGUGGCUUUUUCCUGGUUGCCUACUACCUCUUCUUUCUGGGGGUCCUUAAUCUCGUGGAGUUUAAUGUGAUCGGUGCCUAUGGAUUUUGAAUGAAACCUUUCCUAUUCAUUAUGCAAAUUCCCGAAAUGAUUUAUGUCCCAUUAA